CGUGUCCCAGAAUGCACCGCGGUUCAUGAGAUUUGCCAGUCAUCUUCUGGUGUUGUUCUUCGCGUAGUUUAAUCGGUCACCGGUGUCUUAUUUAUGCGUUGGGGGUCGCGAUUUCGCCUGUAGAUAUCGCGUUUGAACUUUGAGUGGCAACAUGAAAGAAUCAACGGCAAAAAAGCGCGAGAAAGCGCGCGCGGAUAAAGAGAAAACGAGUGCUGAGCCGCAGGAUGUUGAGAUGCGCGAGGACGAGCAGAAAACACCUAAAGAACAAGAUCAGCUCACACUAGAAGACAUUAAGGAGCACGUGAAGCAGAUAGAGAAAGCCGUGCAGGGGAAGGAGCCUCGUUUUGUUCUCCGUGCCCUCCGCGCUCUUCCCUCCACCAGCCGUCGACUCAAUCCCAACGUUCUCUACAAAGCCGUGAUCGGAUUCUUCACGUCAAACGCCGCUGGCAAAGAGUUUCUGCUCGGCUUCCUCGAGCAGCCGGUGGAUAAGGAUGGAGAUGUGCAGUUCAGACCUCGCACAGGGAAAGCGGCCGCUGCUCCACUCAUUCCUGAGGUGGAGGCGUAUCUACAGCUGCUGAUGGUGGUCUACCUCAUCAACCUGAAGCGCUACACCGAGGCUCAGAAAGUGUCAGAUGACCUGCUACAGAAGAUCAGCUCUCAAAACCGCCGCGCUUUGGAUUUAGUGGCCGCUAAGUGUUACUACUACCAUUCCCGAGUGUACGAGUUCUUAAACCAGCUGGACACAUUACGCAGUUUCCUGCACACGCGUUUGAGGACGGCUACGCUGCGUCACGACGCUGACGGUCAGGCCACGCUUCUCAACCUUCUGCUGCGAAACUACUUGCAGUAUAAUUUAUACGACCAGGCCGAGAAACUCGUCUCCAAGUCCAUUUUCCCCGAGCUGGCCAAUAACAACGAAUGGGCUCGCUAUCUCUACUACACCGGGCGGAUAAAGGCCAUUCAGCUGGAGUAUUCAGAAGCGAGGAGGACUUUAACCAACGCCCUGAGGAAGGCACCUCAGCACACUGCCGUCGGCUUUAAACAGACCGUUCACAAGCUGUUGAUCGUAGUUGAGCUUUUGCUGGGUGAGAUACCCGACCGUCUGCAGUUUCGUCAGCCGUCUCUCAAGAGAUCUCUCAUGCCGUACUUUCUGCUCACUCAAGCUGUAAGAACUGGAAACCUUGCCAAAUUUAAUCAAGCCUUGGAUCAGUUCGGAGAGAAAUUUCAGACAGAUGGCACAUACACACUGAUCAUCCGCCUCCGACACAAUGUCAUUAAAACAGGUGUGAGAAUGAUCAGUCUGUCAUAUUCACGCAUUUCUUUGGCUGACAUUGCACAAAAACUUCAGCUGGACAGUCCUGAAGAUGCCGAGUUUAUUGUGGCCAAGGCGAUUCGUGAUGGUGUGAUUGAGGCCAGUAUUAACCAUGAGAAAGGCUACGUUCAGUCUAAAGAGACCAUGGACAUCUACAGCACCCGUGAGCCUCAGCUCGCUUUUCAUCAGCGCAUCUCCUUCUGUCUGGACAUCCACAACAUGUCUGUCAAGGCGAUGAGAUUUCCACCAAAAGCUUAUAACAAAGACCUGGAGUCUGCUGAGGAGAGAAGAGAAAGGGAACAGCAGGACCUGGAGUUCGCUAAAGAGAUGGCAGAGGACGAUGAUGACAGUUUUCCUUAAGUGUGCUGUGCCUCAUAUCUCUUUUAUUCAUGUAUAUGUUUCUUUCUUUAUCUCACAACAAAACAAAUAGCUCAUCUGUUUCACACGUAAGUCUCUGCUGUGCUCAGUCAAAAUCAAUGACCUUGCUGUGAAGCUGAGGUUUUUCAGUCCUUUCCACAACAUGUAUAUGCAUCAAUGUUUUAUAAAGGUGCAUUCAUAACAACAAUGGUGUUGAAUGGUUGGUUUUGUUUGCGAAAUAAUAAAUUGUAGUUUAUCGAAGACAGAUCCAAUGUGCUGGUUUCUGAUGUGAAGGAGUUUGGAUCGUGGUUAUGAUGAUAUGCAGUGGGAUAUUCUGGGAAUGUCUGUGGUACCGAAUUACAUUUGAUCCCUUGUAUUGUUUCUUCUAUUAAAACUGAUCAAAUCUUCA